AAUUAGACUAGUGGUCGUUCCUGGUUACUAUUAGAAGCCAUCCUUGUUUUACUAUUCAGUGAUCAGUGAUGUUUUGAAUUAUUUCUGUGGCUAUGGCGGAGGUAGAUAUUAAUAAUUGAUAUAUAAUUUCAGUAAAUUUCAUCAUCAUUCCUUAUGGAUUGAUAUUUUGGAGUAUUAAUUUUCCGUAUUUUGUGUGAAAACGUGUGUUAAAUUUUGUAAACACUUGACUUGGUGGUGGCAUAUUCAUAUUCAUAAUAAUCAAUUCAAUUCAAAUUCAAUGAUAUUCUUUUCGGUCUAGGAAUAUGACUAUACUAUUAUACUAUAUAAUUUAUAAUACUAAGUCUAAUUAGUCACUAUAAUAUACUAAUACUAUAUUUAAAUUAUAUAAUAUAUAGGCUACUGUAGUCUAAGGCCAAGGCAGGUAUAAUAAUAAAUUUAAUAAUAGUAUUUUAUAAGUAUAAUAAUGUAGUAGUGCGUGGUGGGUGAUUGGUGCUUGGUUGUACCAAGGCUACCACUGACAGUUACUAAUGAACAAAAAAAUGAAGAAAUGCAGGUCUCGAGGACUAUAGCUUUAUUAAUGCUCUACCAGGAAAAAGUCACUGUGACCGACAGGUCCAAAGGAAAAGUCCUAAGAAAAUAUAAAGACUAAGGCAAAAGUCCACUAUGAAGAAAAAGGACAAUAUCUGAAAAUAAACAAAUAGUACAGGUCAACAAUGUCCUGACUAACAUAGCUAACAAUAAACAUGUUACAUAACCACGUAAUUACACGUGGCGACAAAAUAUACUUAACUAGAAAGCAUGAUAAAUGAUACGUACGUAGUAUUGUUUUAUACAAAUGGCAAAGAUAAUUAUCUUGUACUGCGAAUGUUUUAACUAUAAAAUAAACCACGUGCAGUGUUUAAUUUGAAACACGUGCACAGUGUUAAUGCUACACACAGAACCAGAGUGUGAUGUGAGGGCUAACAUAAACUUUAAAGAUCUUGAAAUUAUUAUAGUAAUUAUUAUUAUAGACCAGGCAUGGUGUCUAUGUAAGAAGCACACAUAGCAGGACAGUAAAUACAAAUACAAUGGUAUAAAAUAUGACCACCAUUAGCUUGAAGCUUGUAUCUAUCAAUCGCUGUGUCUUGUUAAGAUAAACAGCAGAUUGCAGAAUGACUAAUUAUAUGGAAUAUGAUCCUAACACAUGCACUAUUUUCUAUGUGAGAAUUUAGCACACGGCAGGAGAGUAUAGCUUAUUACACAUAUUUGACGGACACUCGCUGGUUGUAUACUGUUGUAUCAAUAGCUUAUAUUAUAAAUGCAUUGCAGUAUGUGUACCCAGAACGAUAUGCAGUUGUUUGUUAUGCUCACAAACCCUGAUCACUGGUAUCUAAUUUAUUAAUCCUAUUAAAGAAUUUGUUUAACGGUUGUAUGUUAACCUUUAAAAUAGCCUGAGCAUAAGUCUACACAAACCAUUUAUGGGCUGGGAAUAAUGCUGAAUGUUAUACACAGUCGGCUUGGAAUGGGUAUGUCAACAAAAUGGGGGGUGGGGGUGGCAAUGUUUGACCAUCGUUGACAGAGGGGAGAUAGAUGAAUUGAUGUCAAAAAUAUUUUUUCCUUAUUAAAACGUGUCUCUUAAAAAUUGAAUAGUUAUUAGGCCCCUAAUUGUUUUAAAAAAUUUAAUGAGUGAAAAUAGUCAUAAUUUUUAGGCUUUUAACAAUAUAAGAUUUAGUUAAUGUCUGUACACUGCAGAUGGUUGGUCAGAAUGUUAACACACUUUGUUAGUGCAAGAGAAGUAAAAAAUUGGCCUCUCUUCACCUGUAGAUUCUGUUUGUCUCAAAUGACUUGGGUGGUACAUUUGCGAUCAUGUUGCAGGUAUAGGACAAGGUUCAAGUGUCAUGUGCAGUGAAAAAAAAUGAUAUUGAUUUUGAGAAUUAGGGGAAAGUUAAGUAAGUAACAAUAAUAACAAUGCUACUUGAACAGAUUUGCAAAAUCUGUAACAUCUGUUUUGCAUCACAAGUCAUGUUGACAAAGCAUGUUCAAAAGCACCGACAAUGCACUCUUGAGCAUAAGAAAUUACCACCUUUUCCUCAACAAAAAAGGAUUCGACCAAUGCGAGGAGACAGAAGAGAAGCUUAUGGCAUUUAUUGCUCACACUGACUAUGCUUCUAUUGUAAGUGCUGAAUGGUUAGAUGAGGAUGAUGUUGACUUGUCUGGUAUAUAAGUUCCGCAAUAUGAAAAUGAUAAAUCAGCUACUAUGUCCAUUGUUAUGAUAGAGAAACAUCUGGCUACUCUAUGUGAUUGAUGGGAAGAGGAUAGCAACUAGAAACUAUACUACAAUUGUCAGCUAUACUUACAUUAAUCAUAUUUAUACUUGCACAAACAAUUAUAUUUAUUCUUCAACAACCUUUUAAUUGAUUCUACUUUAUAAAAUUUAAGUGUAAAAACUUUUUAACUUGUUGAUUAACAAGGUAAAGAUGUAAUGUAAUAAAAUAUUUUCCCUACAAUUUUAUUUGUCAUUUAAAUAGAUCAGUAUUUAUGUAUUUAUGAAAUGUAUUUAUAUAUUUAUUUAUAUUAUAAUUCAUUUGGGGAUAAAAAUUGCGUAAAAAUUGUUGACGUAAUUAAUGGACGCCCCCAAUAAGGUUGAGUGUUUUUCCCAGCUGACUGUGUAAAAUGCCUCUCUUAUUUAAAAGUUAAUAAGAUAUAUCAUAUUUCAGUUAUAAAUUUCUGUGUCAAUUGUUAAUAUGUCAAUAUCAAAUGAAUAAUAUAUUAUUACAUAUGCUAAAUAUUUGGAGUAGAAUUAGAGAAAGAAUUGAAAUAGAUGAAAGAAUCAAGUGGAAAUUUGCAAAGUUUUUUUGGGGGGCUCUAAUUAAUGAAUGCAAAAGAAGAGGGGGGGGGUGUCAGGAUAAGAAAGGGCUCCUGAUUUAUAGGAUAGCCUAGUUGGAGAUUGGAGAGAAAUUAGGAAUAAUGAGGACAAUAUUUUGUGUGAUGGAACAGUGUAUGAGGUAAAGGAGUUUGGGUAGAAGAGAAAGUUAGAGUGUGAGGAGAUUUUAGGGAGAUGGGUCCUGAGGAAAAUUAUAGAUUAAAUGGGUGAAUGAAAUGCAAAGGAUUCUGAGUGGAAAGAGGUUAUUGAUGAAUUGAUGUUUUAGGUGGAAAAUAUUGGGAGACAAGAUAGGUUAUUAGUAGGGAUGAGAGUAAGUCUGGUGGAAAUAGGGAGGGGGUGUAAAGGAGAGGGAGUUGGUAGAAAGAGUAGUGCACAGUGAGGUGGGAGAUAUUAGGGUAGAGUUUGGUUGAGAGUCAAGGUUAGUUGGUCUGUUAAACAAAGAUAUAACUCAACCAAAGUUAACCAAAACCAGACUAAAAAAGAUAAACCAAAAACCUCUAUACUCUUACCUUUAUUGAUGCAUGUACUAUUUAGACCAUUUAAAUGAUUUUAUUACUUUUAACUGUGUGUUAAUGCCUGGCUUAGUAAGUUUAUUAAUCUAAAUUUAAUUUUUUACAGAGUAAGCACCACACUCUUCGCAAGCAAUUUCAACCAGAGGAGUUGCAGAAAUUGCCACCACAAGUCAAGAGUCGAUACAUGGCUGUAAAUAUUUGUAUUAAUUUUAAAAUGAAACCUUGUGGUAUUCUUGUGCAAAUAAUUUUGAGAUGAAAUAAUAUAAGAUAAGAAUAUAGAUAGACUAUUAUUAGUUUCAUAUGAGUGACAGGUGAAUCUUCACAUAUACUAUAGGGUUGUUAAAAACAUGGCUCAAGACUGUUCUUUGUACUUCUUUGUACAAUUAUUUCAAACCAGAUGGUGAUAACCUGUAGCCAAUAGAUAUUUUCACCAAACAAAUGAUUAGGUUGUGUUAAUAGGCCUUCAUUUUAUAUAAUAAUAGAUUAUUAUUUUGUUAUUUCCCAUUAUUGACACUUUUAUCAGUAUCAAGAGCCUCCAAAGGACAUUGCUGAUGCUCAAGCUAUUACCAGAAAACGUCUGCUUGACAGGAAGAAGAAAAUUGAAAUGUAGGUAAAACUCCUUAAAACUGAAUUUCUAUGUCUAAUGAACAAUAAAAUUGAUGAAGGUACAUUUUUACAUGUAAAAAAAUAAUGUAGGAAAUAAGUACUGUAAAUCAGCCAGGGUGACGGAACAUUUGCAAGAAAGUAGCAUUUCUACAUAUGCAUAGGGGAGGGGGAGCAAAAAUUUAUAGGAUAAGAUGAAGUUUUUGUGUACCCAGUAUGUAAUAUAUAGGUGGCCGAGCAGUCUAAACUGAGUCAAUCCCAAGCUAGUGGACUUCUGUUCAGUCACCAAAAAAUGACUUGACAAACAAAAAUUUCACCAGCAUCCGGGUUAAUGGGACUCGUUAACCUGUGAUGGCAACUCAUCUAAAUCUAAGAGAAGGCAAACUCUGAAAUCAAACCCGGAGAUGGAGCCCCAUAGGAGUUGUAACUUUAUGAAUUAUAAUUAUUGUUCUUUUCAGACAAAAACCAAAUUUAUCGGACAAAGAGGCAGAAGAAAGAGAAAAACAUGCUAAGCUGAUUGGUCAAUUGAAGUGAGAUUUUAAAAUUUAAUUAUGUCAUUAAUUUUAAGAUUUUAAACAAACAUUGACAAAGUGACAAUAAUUAAUAUUCUCCUAGUUGGACCUAAUUAGUGUCCUUAAGUGUCAGCAUGCAAUAAUACAAUGUGAACCCUCAGCUAUGACUCUCAAGCACAAAAUUUGAUUUUUUGCUUGGUGUACAUUGUACUCUGUAGGUAAUGACUUAGGAAUUGGGGGAUUUACUGAAAGCAAAGGUUCCCAUCUUUUGAAUGGGGAAUAUAGGAUCUAUGGAAAGUUAAUAAUCAUUUUGAACAAGGGUAUAUUGGUAUUGGCCUACUCUUCAGUUAUGUUCUCUAGCACAAAAAUGCAUCAAUGACUAUUGCACUUGUAAUGCACCUCCAAAAUUCUCAUUCACACUAAUAGGGAUAUUUUAAAAUUCAGCUCUUCCCCAUCAAUGCUCACAAAAUGUAUGGAUGACCCCAUGACAUUAAAAUAAAAAUACUAUAUUUUACUUAUGAAAAUACUCAAUUAUAUAUUUAUUGACUUAUCCCAUCAGAUUUUAAUCUGAUUAUCUUUAUAAACUUAAGUGAAUUUCAUCCAAAUCAAAAGUAUUGAAUAAUUAAUUUGCCAAAUUAAUAAGCACUGAUAUGGCUAUAACUCUACCAUAGGGCUGCAGAAGCAAGAAAUCGGCUUAGAAUAAUGCGGCUUCGUUACCAAGCAAACAGGGUAAAUAUUUUACAUUACAUUUCUAGUCCCAUCUAAUCCAAAUAGAAAAUAUUUUGCCACUCUUUGUGUUUCUGUUUCAUUUAAGACAUUGGAGUAUGUGGUCAGUUUCUAGAUUCAUGCUACAAACUGUGAAGGGUGUACUAAGGUUAAGAUUUGGGAAAGCUUGUAAUAUAAGAAAUAUCCUUUCUACAUCUCUUUACUUUGUUUUUGUCAGGUUUAAGCGCCCUCUCCUAUAUUUUUAUAUUUUUUCUGUUUUAGGUAGGAUAUAUAUAUUGACAUUAUGUAAAUUUAAUUUAUACUUAUUUAAAUGUGUUGUGUUUGUUUGUACUGAUGAAGGCAUGUGCCGAAACGUUUAAUUCUGUAUAAUGUACAAUUAUUAUUAAAGCUAACUCAUAUUGUUCUAUUGACACAAUUUGUUCGUGUCUUAUUAAUAAAUUGAAAUAUAAGAACCAAACAUUGACAAAAAAAAAAUCAUUGACAUGGACGUUUCAUCUACUCAGCUAAUAUUUAUAGCUUAAAAAGGAAGAGGGCCUUUUUUUGUAAAGGCUGCAUCCAAAAGUAACUUUAUGGAUUCUCAUUAAAGAAUUGUCCAGAAAUGGUAUUUCUGUCUUAUGCACAAUGGUCAAAGGGAUCACCAAACAAAUAAUUUAAAAGCACAAAAUCCUUUUUUAAUUCUUGUUAUUGAAACACAGGCUCAAGAAAUCUCCCAUCUCAUUGCAUGUCAACCAGUUGCAUUGAAAGCUGUAAGAUUGCAGGCUCUAGUUCCACCACAUGUUGAGAUCAAAGAAAAAGGAGAUAUGCUGGAUAAAUUUAGUGUAUGACCAGCUUGUUAUUCUCAAAUUAGAUACCUUUUAAAUUGGUUUUAUUCAAUGCUUGUUACUUACUCACUACUCACUACUUUAAAGUUACCGUAUAUACUCACAUAUAGGACACACCAAUGGAUAGGUCACACUUAUUGUCAAAGUGGGUAUUUGAGAUAGGUCGCACUUUUACUUUGGGGGGUUACAUGGCCCCAUUUUAACAUAAAUCUAACAAUAUAAAAUUUGUUAAAGUUAUAGUUAUAGCAUAGAAACCACAAACAUGUUUUCAUUACUACUUGAAAUAUGAAGAGGAAUCGUCAUAAACUGCAUAAUUUUUAAUAAACAUAAAAUAAAAAAGGAUUGCCCUCUGGUUGAGCAUAAAGGAGAAAACAACUCUCUGACUCAAGUAUAAAUGAUUACUCCACUCUUAAUAACAGUAAGCGAAUUUGAUGUUGAGUGGAUAGACACCUCCCUGAUUUUUAUAGAAAUUUUUGGUUCAAAAGUGCAACCUAUAUGCGAGUAUAUAUGGUAGCUGAAUUAUUUAUCAAUUUGAUAUUAAACUUAAAGAUAAACUUAAAAAUAUAUGAAUCUCUCAUAUUUCAACAAAUAACAUCUAAGCUAGAAUAAGUAUUAUUUUAAUUUGUAUUAUUUAAUUAUUUUCACCUGAAUCAAUUGUUUUGUGGUUUUUUUACUCAUUUUCAUUUAGAAGUGCACAAAACAAAUAGAGAUUACCGGUACAUUUCUAGUAAAUCUGGCUGCUAUUUCUCUUUUUAUUUUGAAGACUAGCUGCUAAGUUCAAUAAAAAUUUAGAACAUCUUGUAAUAUUUACACUAAAUAUUUAAACAUGCCAUAAUUUUACUUGCACAGCGCCAGAGAGUUGAAGCACUUCUCAAAGACAUGCAAGGUCUCCUUACCAACCGGGUUAAUUAAGAACUUCUGAUCACCUAAUUGGAUGACUUACUCAACUACUACUUUUCUGGUUGGUUGAAUUGAACUCACUCAUCUGUUUGACUCAAAAUUAUUGCUGACUGGAUGAUACGCCACAGAAUAUUGUGUUAAAAAACAACCACUUGCUAAUUUGAUCUGCUGAAAGAAGUAGUCACUCUGAACAAUAUAUACAUAAUGAUCGACUAACUCCAUUGUUAUUUCAAACGCAGGUAGUUGCAAUAAAUAUAAUUACAAUUAAAUUAGGUUUUUUUUUAUAUUAUGUAUUCGAACAGGAAUAAUUUCAUUCUUGAAAUUAUAACCUAUUUACAUUGAAUGCCAUUACUUGAUGUUUAGUAACAAAUGAAUAACCAUUUUAAAAACUGGAAUGUCCAUUUUAAAAUGGAAGCCACCUUUCCCAUAUUUUAUAUGUUUUUAAUGUGAAAUAAACACAAUUGAAC